AUGCCCGGUGUGACAGAGCUACACGAGGCUGGAGUCAGGUUUCAGGUAUCGAGAAGCGAAAAUCUAUUUGACAUAAAAUUCGACAAAAUGAAAGGGAUACUGGAAAUCCCAAGUUUUAUUUUCAGUGCUGAAACUGAAGUAACAAUUCGAAAUUCGCUGGCCUUUGAGCAAUGCUAUUACAGUGAGAACUACAUCAAUGAUUAUGUUAUCCUUAUGAAUCGGCUUGUUGAAACUCGCAAGGACAUAGAGUUGCUGGUGAAGGAGGGAAUUGUUGAGAAUAGGUUUAACAACACCAGAGGGUCAGAUUUUCUUAACAAACUUGCGGAUGGGGCUAUUUUGGACCAGGAUAACUUCUAUUUUGCUAGUCUUUCUGAAGAGCUGAACACUUACAGCAAAACCCGAUGGCACAAGUGGAAGUCUGUAAAAGGAAACUGA